GGGGGCCUGAAAGUGGUAAUUUGUUUCUCCGUUAUCUGAUUUAUUCUUAUCAUUAUCUUUGGUGGAUGUAGCCCCGAUACUAAAAGUUCACCCUGGGCCUGCCAGGAGCCUGGGGACGAUGCUGCCAGUGUCCUUAGCCCAGCAGAGCUACCCCCAAAACAGCAAAGGCACAAAGGCACACGUGUGCGCAUUCAGAUGCCGCCUGAAGGGUAACCCAAGCUACAAAGAUCCAGCUGGGAGGGGACUCUACGUAGCAGUAAAAAACGACGUGCCUUGCUUCUUAACAAAACAAAACAAAGCCGAGGCAAAGGCGUGUGCGAGAAGAGGAAGCAGGGAUCCCUCGCCACCCGCUUCCCCAUUCACGAUGACCCGCACGCAAAACAGAGCGAAACAGCUGAUGUUGGAAACCAAUCACCGCGGCACAGCCGAGAAGCAGCAAAACCCCAGCAGCAGGAGCAGGAGGCAAGGGCCAAAAAAGGGGAGCAGCCGCGGAGAGCAUUAGGCGCCUCCUCCUCGUAUUUCCUCUCACGCCCACUUCCAAGAGUGGAGGGGUUUUGCUUUCGGCGCCGUCGCCCGGAGAUGAAAAGUUAAAGCUGGGAAAGGAGUUGGCGCCGCGUGGGCACAUGGAUUAAUUGAUCUCCUGAGAAGAUUUAUGGUACUGCUUGCUUCACAUUUCUGAGAGGAGAAGGUGGUCUAUGAAACUAGAGGAAAAUGCCUAGGACAAAACAAAUACAUCCCAGAAAUCUGAGGGAUAAAAUUGAAGAAGCACAAAAAGAACUUAACGGGACAGAAGACCAACAGAAAGAAGGCUCAGAAGUUGGGACUAGAGGAACCCCAGAUGCAAUUAAAGGUGUGAAACGGAAAAAGAUUGUAACUGAGAACCAUCUGAAAAAAAUACCAAAAUCACCUUUGCGAAAUCCUCCUGAGGCCAAGCUUAAACAAAAUAUAGAGCAACCUUCAUCAUCUAAAGUUCUUGAUGCUUCAGAACACACGAAGACACACAAUCAUUUACCUGUACAGAAUGGGAAAAAAUGUACCAAACAAAAUGGGGGAACACGUAGUUGCAAUGUAGCUACUGACGAAUCCAAAUCUGAAGUAUCAAUGCAGACAAAACUUCCACUGUUACAUCAAUCCUUGGAACUGAACAAACGGACAGUAGAAGACUUUGAUACAAGCCUGUUGAGUUUGUCAGAGAAGUCCCUCCCUAACUCCUUGUCAAGUAAAACAAAGACUGACAGUAAUGAAUGUGUUACCUUUGUUGAUUGUAGUACUUCAUCCUCGUGUACACGUACAGCAUUUGAUGUCCUUUUAAAAGCUAUGGAGCCUGAAUUGAACACAUUAGCACAAGAGUGCCCUCCUUGUGGAAUGCAAAUAGAAAAACUGAGACCAAAUAAAACUGUAGUAAGCACCUCUUCCAGUCUCACACCCAAUACAAUGAGUGUCCAAAAUCAUUCUGCUUUGUCAUCGCCAGAUGUUGUAGCUGGAUCUCACUGCUACCCAUGCACUUCAAAUAAUAUGCACAUAGCAACAUCAGGCAAGAAUAAACAGUUACAGAUCCAGUCAGUUUCUCAUUCGCAAGAGCUUAUUGCUAAGACUGGACAACAUAAUCAUCAAAUUGUUAUGUGUCCAAGUUUCGCUAGAUCACUGGUACAUCAGCAGAAUCAAGAAAACCCAAAACUCCAGCAGAUAUACAGUAUAGCAGUAACCUCUUCUGUAGUACAUACACCACCUUCUGCUGUAGCUCAGGUUUUUCCUCAAAGUCAGUUAGUAGCUAGUUCUUCUUCACCGUUGUCAAUUAAUGCAUCUAAUUCCACACAUUUAUCUAUAGCUCCCAUGUAUAAUUCAGCUCAGAUAGCAUCUGUUGUCAACCAUGGUGUAGAACAAAUCUGUAACCUUCUAAAAGACCAGAAACCUAAAAAACUGGGAAAGUAUGUCUGUGAGUAUUGCAAUCGGGCUUGUGCCAAACCUAGCGUUCUUCAAAAGCACAUCCGAUCCCAUACAGGAGAACGACCUUAUCCUUGUGUGACUUGUGGGUUUUCAUUUAAGACCAAAAGUAAUCUAUACAAGCACAAAAAAUCUCAUGCACAUGCUAUCAAACUUGGACUUGUUCUACAGCCAGAUUCUGGUGGUUUAUUCCUAACCCAUGAAUCGGACAAAGCACUUGGCAUUCAUUCAGAUGUGGAAGAUAGUGGUGAAAGUGAUGAUGAAGGCACUGCUGAUGAAAGACAAGAUGAUCAAGGAUCCUUAGAACUGGAAUCUGCACAAAUAGUGAAAAUCAUUUCAAAUCCUGAAACAACAUUACAGAAAGGUAGUCCCAUUCCAUUAAGCAAUCCAGACUGUGUAAUAGGUGACUCUUCAUUGCAUAAUUCAGAACCUCAAGUACGGGCAACUUUACCUAAAGUUAUAGUUCAUCCUGUAAAUGUUUCCCCAUUAAGGGCCGAUAGUCCAAAAGUAACAGAUCCCACACCUGAACUUGCUGCAGCACAGAGAAAAGGAGAUUUCAAAGUUACAAAUAUGCAGUCAAAUUUAGCACAGAUGGCCUCAUUCAAGGAGACUGAAAUUAGGCACCACCAGAAAGUAGAAAUGAGUUUAUUAGAAGAACAUCUUGGGUCUGCUAUAGGAACAGCACAUGCACAGCUACAAAGGCAGCAGGCAACUGAUUGUUCCCUGGAGCAGCAAGGAAAAUGUCUUUUGAGUCCUAGAAGUUUAGGUAGCACUGAUUCUGGUUAUUUUUCACGUUCUGAAAGUGCAGAUCAAACAAUGAGUCCACCAACUCCUUUUGUAAGGGGAUUGCCAAGUUCUGAAAAAGACUCGAAUAAAAGUAUGACCUGUCUACCCAGAACAAGUGGAACAGUGGCAUCUGUGGUACACACAGCUUGUGCUGAAAAAAAUGUGCUUCUCUCUGGUCAAAUGCGACCACCUAUGGCAACAAAGACACUUGAAGAACGCAUCUCAAAAUUAAUAUCUGAUAAUGAAGCUGUAGUGGAUGACAAACAGUUAGAUAGUGUGAAACCAAGAAGAACAUCUCUUUCAAGAAGAGGAAGUAUAGACUCACCAAAAUCAUAUAUAUUUAAAGACUCUUUCCAGUUUGAUUUAAAACCAAUGGGAAGAAGAACUAGUUCUAGCUCCGAUAUACCAAAGUCUCCUUUCACACCAACUGAGAAAUCAAAGCAGGUUUUUCUUUUGUCUGUACCAUCCCUUGACUGUUUACCUAUAACUAGAAGUAAUUCUAUGCCUACAACCAGUUAUUCAGCUGUACCUGCAAAUAUAAUACCUCCUCCUCAUCCACUUCGUGGAAGUCAAUCAUUCGAUGAUAAAAUUGGGUCAUCGUAUGAUGACGUCUUUGUGUCAGGACCUGUGACUCCAUUGAACCAAGGUGGACAUCCUCGCACUCUUGUUAGGCAGACAGCAAUAGAAGACUCCUCAACCAGUGAAAGUCAGGCUCUUGGACCAGCACGAUCUGUAGAUGAAAGUUACCAUGGCUGUAAUUUGUCUAAUGAACCUUUACCGCAAAGAAGCAAAUUACAUGUACCAGGAACAAAUUUAGAAAAAGUAAAGAAAUCACAUCACGUGCGAGGUGCAAUGUUUGAAUGUGAAACUUGUAGAAACAGGUACAGAAAACUGGAGAAUUAUGAAAACCACAAGAAGUUUUAUUGUUCAGAAUUGCAUGGACCAAAAACCAAAGCAGCCAUUCGAGAGCCUGAACAUAAACCAGUCCCCAACAGUACACAACCUCAAAUUUUGCACUACAGAGUUGCUAGUUCUACUGGUGUCUGGGAACAGACACCGCAGAUAAGAAAAAGAAGGAAGAUGAAAAGUGUUGGGGAUGAUGAUGAGCCACAGCAAAAUGAUAGUAACAUAUCAAAGAGUACUGAGGGUCAGAGCAAGGCAGGAAAUUCUUCCAGCAUGUCAAAACAUAAUGCAGCAAUAAUUAGUUCACAUCAACAUGGUAGUAUCUUGCUUCAGAAUUCUCAAAUUCAGCUUCUGGCUCGAGGCACAGAACAAACUAUUGAGCCCAAGAGCUCUCCUCUGAUGGAAAAGCAAACUAGUUCAAUUGCACAAGAGAAGGUAGAGUUGAAAAGACAAGGAACUGGAAUUUCAGUAAUACAGCACACUAACUCACUAAGCAGAACUAGUUCAUUUGAGAAAUCAGAAUCUUUUGAAAGAGUAUCACCAGUUUCUUUUCAAGAGGUUGGAAAGGCUGGGAAGAACCAGUCUAUGAAUGCAGCUGCAAUUCAAGAAGAUAGGCUUUCACAUUUGAGCAAUUCCCAGCACCAUCAGCCAGUAUCAUCAGAAAUAUCUAGAGUGGAACUUAAGGAAAAUCAAAUUGCUUCUAACGAAAGAAGUACAGCUCUGCAAACUUUAAGACUUGUUCGCCAACACAACAUCCAAGUUCCUGAAAUACUAGUUACAGAGGAACCAGACAGAGACCAAGAAACCCAGUGCAGUGAUCAGGAAAAGACAGAAAAAUUUAACUGGCCUCAGAGAAGUGAAUCUUUGUCAAAAUUGCCAACAGAAAAACUUCCACCAAAGAAGAAAAGGAUUCGUUUGGCUGAUAUUGAGAAUUCUUCUGCUGAAUCGAGCAUUGACUCCACACUUUCUAGAAGUCUUAGUCGGGAGAGCAGUUUAUCUCGCACCUCUAGCUUUUCAGCUUCAUUUGAUAAAGAUGAAGUUUCUAAGACUGAGAGUACUACCAAAGGGGAUCUUAGUAGUAAAUCUUCAGAGUUCCUUAUGAUUCCUGUGAGCUCAAAUACUCUUGGAGUGCCAGGCCCUCAGUACAGGGAAAUGAGACGUGCCGCAUCAGAACAAAUUAGCUGUACACAGCCAUCCAUGGAGGUUGUAGAUUACAGAAGUAAAUCUUUUGACUGUGGAAGUAUGUCUUCAGCAAAAUCUACUCCGCAAGAUAUAUCCACUCCAAAAUUGUCUUCUAGCAGUGGAGUUACUGGACAUGUACCUUUGCUGGAAAGGAGAAGGGGACCAUUUGUAAGGCAGAUAUCUUUAAAUAUUGCUCCAGAAAACUCUUUGCCUCAAGUUAAAUCGGCUGCUGCUUCAUUUCAAUUAACUCAUACAACAGACAAGUCCACAGUGCCAUUUCACAGACUGCAGACCUCUAGUAAAUCUUCAGUGGAGUUCCCUUCAAAUUCUCAGCACUUACAGACUUACUUCAAGCCUUUACAUGAGUCUCAGGCAACAACACAAAAUUGUCACCCUCUAAGCCUGUCUUUAGUCCAGCAGUCUUUAGGUCCUGUUUUGUAUAAUCAAGAACAACGGCUUUCAACAAAUCAGCAUUUACAGUCCUCCUUUAAAGUGUCAGCCCAAGGAGAACAAGAAAACACAAAUGCAUUUUCUUGUCAGUCUGUUGAAAAGGAGGAUUGUUUUGCUCCCAAAUAUCAGCUUCAAGUGAAAUCACUGAACAUAGGUCAAUCAUAUCCUUCUAAACAAAUAACAACCACUCUGUCAACCCAGACUCAUCCAACUCAAGUUGGUCUGGGCCAGAGUCAGACCUCAUUAGAAGUACAAACUAAAGUAGCUGACAGUAGGUCUAAUGCAUAUUCAGUGCCUCCCCUAAAACAAAUGACCCCUGCCAGCUGCAGUGGUCAAAUGCAACAGAUUGCACCAUUUGUGGUUCCUGUUCAUAUUCAUAGUAAUAUUCCAUCCUAUGGCUUUGCCACUGUAACCCCACUUCCUCAAAUUAUAGUAACCCAGGAUCAGGUAAAUCAGUCUACUGGUAAAACAAAUGUUGUGACAGUGCCAACACUUGAAGGUAAAACCGAGCUGCCAAAAUCUCACAAAGAUCAUAGGGUUUUGCAAAAUUCACAGCCAGCAUCCCUGUUUGAUAACUCCCUUCCUGAAACUGGAAGCAGAAAUUCACCUUUGUCAAGCUGCUUGAACAUUAUUCAGAAAGUGCCAGUUAGUGGACUUUCUCCUCAACAAGAGGCUACAGCUUCAAGUAAACGUAUGCUUUCACCAGCCAACAGUUUAGACAUUGCCAUGGAAAAACACCAAAAACGUGUUAAGGAUGAAAGUGGGGAUCCUUGUGCAACAGAUGGUAGAUCACUGAAUCCACUGAACAUUAGAGCCAGUGACCUUAAUAAGCAAAAGAAACCAGUUCUAGUAAGACAGGUUUGCACCACAGAACCUCUGGAAAGUCAUUUGCUGGAUCCAGAGAUUGUUCCACAGCACGAAAAAACGAGCAAAGUUAUUACUUCUUCCGAUAGGCUAAUAACGGAUCACCAUUCAUUUGAAGCUGGAGUUUCUGAAUCCAUAAAGGAGUCCCCAGAAUCUGAAAACCUUAAAUCUGCUAUUUCAAGUUUUGUAGUACAAAAGCCAUCUGAACCUCCUUCAGUAAAUAAUCAGCCUUCUCUUUUGAAGGCUUUAGGCAACAGUCAAGAAAGGAAGUCCCCUAGAGUUAAUAAUGAAGGGAAGCAAAUUAAUAAUCAAGGCCAAGCCAAACCUGUAACUACUUUGUCAGUGGUAAAUGCUGGAGAUAUGCAACGGCUGUCAUUUCCAAGCCUAAAGACUUCAACAAAUUUCACAUGGUGUUACCUGUUAAAAAGGAAGCCAUUACAUCUGUUACAAAAUGACCAAAAAACAUCGGCAUAUUCUACUUGGACUGUUAGUCCCAACAAUCCCAAUCCUCUUGGUUUGCCAACAAAGGUUGCUCUUUCCCUUCUAAAUUCAAAACAAAAAAUUGAAAAACCACUAUAUACUCAAGCAAUAACUACUCAUUCCGUAUCUGAUGUAUUGGUCUACUCAAGCAAGUGGAAGAACAGCGUAAACAAGCGGGCAUUAAAUAAAAAAAAGUUGACUACAAGUGAAUUCAGCAAUAAAGAAAACUCUGAUGCAAGCACAGAGCAUGAUAAGGAAAAUCCUUCUACCAAAACUGAACCCAGAAGAGUUAAAAUAUUUGAUGGAGGGUACAAGUCAAAUGAGGAUUAUGUGUACGUGAGGGGAAGGGGAAGGGGAAAGUAUAUCUGUGAAGAGUGUGGAAUACGUUGUAAGAAGCCCAGCAUGCUGAAGAAACAUAUUCGUACGCAUACAGAUGUCCGUCCUUACCACUGCAACUAUUGCAACUUCUCUUUCAAAACUAAAGGGAACUUGACUAAACAUAUGAAGUCCAAGGCACACAGCAAGAAAUGCAUGGAUUUGGGAGUCUCAGUCGGUUUAAUAGAUGACCAGGAUGGAGAAGAAUGUGGUGAGAAGCAAAGAUUUGGUUAUGAUCGAUCAGGAUUUGAUGUGGAGGAUUCUGAUGGCGCAGAUGACGAUGACAAUGACAAUGAUGAUGAUGAUGAAGAUGACAGCCAAGCUGAAUCAGUCCUCUCUACAACUCCCUCAGUUACAGCAAGCCCUCAGCAUCAUCCAUCUAGAAGUAGCUUGCAGGAGGUCACAAGCGCAGACGAAGAAAUCAGAUUUGCAGAUUGUUUUACUGGGGUUCAUACAGACUCUAUGGAUGGUUUGCCCAAAGCGCUGCUUACAAAGAUGACUGUGCUUAGCACAAUACAGUCAGAAUGCCGAAAUUCCAGGUCACCAGUCAUGGACCCUCAUCAGGAAGCAAAUGAAGCAAGAAUACAGGAGGGGGUGAGUGCACACUCCAUAAGACUUCCCUCACCACCAGUGGAUCGAAGCACACAAACAACAGUAGUGGCUCCUUCUGCAGCAUCACCCUAUCUGGAAAUCCAAGAUGAGAAGCCACAAGAAUGUCAGCGCCGAGCCACAGAAUUGGCAUCUCCUCCAACUCAUCUGUUUAGCCACCUCCCUCUGCAUUCACAGCAACAAGCCAAGACACCUUAUGGUAUGAUACCUGUAGGAGGAAUUCACGUGGUCCCUGCUGGCCUAGCUACAUACUCUACAUUUGUACCAAUUCAAGCCGGGCCAGUGCAACUCACUAUUCCUGCUGUUAGUGUGAUUCACAGAACUACAAGUGCUCUUGCUGACACAGCCUGUGCAGUCUCUGGCACUGCCAGUUCAAUAGGAGUUGCAGAAGUAAACAGUGUUGUGCCAUGUAUUCCAAUAGGUCAGAUUAAUGUGCCUGGCAUCCAGAGCCUGAGUACACCAAGUUUACAAUCUCUUCCACCAUUAGGCAUGGAGACAGUCAACAUCUUAGGUCUGACGAAUACAAAUAUUGCUCCACAAAUGCAUCCUUCUGGACUUACGCUAAAUGCUGUGGGCCUACAGGUUUUGACUGCCAACCCUUCAUCUCAGAGCAAUCCCAGCCCUCAGACACACAUUCCAGGCCUACAAAUACUGAACAUAGCAUUGCCUACUUUAAUCCCUUCGGUCAGUCCAGUAACUGUAGAUGGGUCAGGAGCUCCUGAAACACCAGCUUCCAACAAUAAAGCCCGUGAAACGCAACAAGAACAGACUUCUGUGAGCUUUCCUGCAGCUGACAUCAAUCAGAUCUCCAGUGCUGUAUCUCCUCAGGUGGCAUCUGCUGGCCAGCAGUACAGUGUAAAAAAUGUUUCAGAGCCUGCUUCAUCAAAUGAGUAUGAAAGACUUGAUGGACUACGUAAGGCAGACACUGAAAAGGCUGACCCAGCAAAUCAUGUCAAACCAAAGUGUGAUGUUUCUUUUGUUCAGGUCAAAAGGGCUUCCAUGUCAGAGCCCCUCUUGAAGGUGAAUUCUGAAGUUCUAACCAAGUCCCCAGUCCAUCGAACUGUCUCUCCAGAUAGACAGGGACAAAGGUUUACUAGAUUCCCACGAAGACAGAAUACUGUGCAGUUUAGUGAUGGCAGCAGUGAUGAUGAGGACAGACUUGUAAUAGCAACCUAGACCUUUUUUUUUAUAACACCUGCAGGUUUCUUUGCAAACCUUCCUUUCCUUAAAGCACAUUUUUUUCAGACCCAAACUCAUAACUAAUCUUUGUGCAAUCAUGAACUCUUGACCAAUAAUUGUUGUUUCUUGUCAGGUCCAGCCAUUUUUGUACAUGUUGUAUAGACAAUUGUGCCUUUUGGAGUUUUAUGUUUAGAAACCUGUACAGAUUAUUGAAUAUAUAUAUAAAUAUAUAAAAUAUGUAUAUUAAAACUAGAUAGUUGCUUGUGUUUAGUAAGUACAAACAUCUUUUGUCAGAUGAAAUAAAUGAUUAAAUUAUAUGUUGCACUGUUAAAUGUAAAUUUUUAUGGCUGUGGGACAAAGUUUCUGUGUACAGUUCUGGUAUGUAAAACUCCAUAUUUAUUGUAUCCAUAUUAGUCUUGGGGAAAGGGUCUGUCCAUCUUUCUUGUGUAAGACAGUAGCUUUACACUUAAACAGAAUACAGUAUCUGUGUUAUGAAAUAUUACAGUAAAAUUUUGUUUACUGACUUUACAUUGCUUAUGUUGUGCCUGCUUGAUGCUACUAUUUGGUGAAAUCUGUAGCUCACUUAUUUUACUAGAGACCCAGUAGCUUGUUUUCAUUUAGGAAGUUGCUGGUGAAGUGUCUGUAAAUAUGCUUUCACCCAUCAAGAGGGAAGAACAGGUUUUUCAUGCUGUCAAGAAGCAAAGCCUUUCUUUUUUAAAAUUGUUUUCAGGGGGUGUUCACUCCUAACUUUUUUCAGAAGAGGCUUCCAUUGAUCACUUUUUAAAAAAAUUUUCAUUUAUUACUAAAAUCUCAAGGCCACAGUCCUUUACACUCAGCAGCAAUGGCAAGGAAGUGAAGGUAAACUUCUUUUUAUGUGUAGUCUUGAACUAUAAAGCCACAGUUUCAGUUUAAUUAAAAUGGUUGGACAAGAAAGGAAUAGUUUUUGUGUCUCCUUAAUUGUAACAGCACUAUUCCAGGCAUCAAAAAAUGGUGCUGAGGCUGUGUGUUGCAGUGCUUAUUGUCAAGGCUGUUCCUUAGCCUCUAAUGAGUACUUCUUCUAAAAAAUCUUUACUUCCAGCUACAGGAGGCAAAUUUUCAGAAAAAGAAAAUACCAGUUUAUGCUUAAAAUUAAGUUGUCCGUAUUCUGACAAAUUCAUCAUUAUGGGCAUACAAGAUAUGGACUGAUUUCAAAAUGUUGGAAUUGCAUAGGAUUCUUUUAUCUUGUGUAUGUUACAAACACUUUAAAAUUACCAAAAGAGCUCUAAAAGGUUGCAGUAUUCCAAAACACAUUAAUUCUACUUUUCACAAGAGUUAGCUCUCUUACAAGUUUGAAAUUAUCCUACAGUUAAUGUAAUAAAGAGCUUUUCAACAAAA